AUGGUUGAAUUAGAUGGUGAAGGUCCUUUCAAGAGACCCGGAGCAGUGCCUUUUAGUUGGGAGAUCCGACCCGGUAUACCCAAGACCCGAACCCAGGCCGAUGAUUAUGUAGGUCCCACUCUCCUUAAACCUCCCAAGAAACUCUCUCCUCUCCGAAUAACAAAACUUCCACCGUCUCUGUCGUCUUCUCCCGCAGUCUCUCCCUUUGCCCCUCCUCCUUCUUUCAAGCUCAAACCGCGUCAAGAUUCCCGCUCUACAGGACCACCACCGACUCCAUAUUGGCGAUGUUCAUCAGCUCGAGCUACAACACACGACUCCGGUACUGCUACUGCUUGGGGCCGGUGGAGUCUUCUCAAGCCAUUGCUUCGGUUCAAGAAGAGUAAGACUCGCGACGUGAAAAACAAUACCAGUUUGGAUUCGAUGACGACGUCAUCAUCGGAAUCUGACGUUUUCUAUGACGCAGAAACGAAGUCGUUUUCGUCAUCGGAGGAGGAGGAGUCAUUGUCUUCGUCUUUUCGUCUGAAACGUAACGAGUCUGAUUUAAGCACUUCUGGGAAAAGAAUCAUACUAAUGAUGGAACGUGACCGCCUCGAUUAG